CGUGCCCUCUCACCUUAAUCUCACGUCUGUCAAACGGUCGUGAAUUUUCGGAAGAUGUGAGACUUUGGGAAGUGGGCACGCCAAAAAAUUUGCAUCACGAAUAUAUCGGCAUCAUGCCUUGACGUUCAAAAUAUAUUACGACCGCCGAUGCUCCGAUUUAUUUGUGGUAACGACAAGGAAGCAUUCGACGGAAAAAGGAGCGAAGUGAUCUUGAACGGUGCGCACAGCAAUGGCCACGACAGAAGGAGUCACGAUAGAGGAGCUCAGGAUCGAGAUCGAGAGACUUUCACGGGAACUAGAUUUAGCUUCUACAGAAAAAAUACAAUCUGCUCAAUACGGUCUCGCUUUGCUCGAAGAGAAGUCUACCUUACAACAAAGAUGCAACGAUCUCGAGGCCCUCUACGAAAACACGAAACACGAGCUAGUAAUCACACAAGAGGCUCUAGCAAAAUUUCAAACCACCACAAAAUUAACUACAAAAAGUGGCAUAGAACAAGAAGAAACUCUACUUAGCGAAAGUGCUGCAAGAGAAACAUCUCUCCAAACACAGAUUAUUGAAUUGGAAAAUGAAACAAAGCAGUUACGUCAUGAAUUAGAACGUGUACAAGCAGAACGUGAUCAUGCAUUACAAGAACGAGAUGAAAUUGGGAAAGAUCACCAACAAGCAGAAACAGAGAGGAAAUCUUUACGUACUAUGUUACGUGAAUGUAGAUUUCGAGAAGCUCGACUUUUCCAGGAUUAUUCGGAACUGGAAGAUGAAAAUAUUUUAUUACAGAAGCAAGUAUCUGGUUUAAGGUCCAGUCAGGUAGAAUUUGAAGGUGUCAAACAUGAAAUAAGAAGAUUGACAGAAGAAGUUGAACUUUUAAACAGUCAAGUUGAAGAAUUAACAAAUUUAAAAAAAAUUGCUGAGAAGCAAAUGGAAGAAGCACUUGAAUCUUUACAAGCAGAGCGUGAAGCAAAAUAUGCUCUUAAAAAAGAGUUGGAUCAAAGAAUUAAUAGUGAAUCAAUUUAUAAUCUUAGCAAUCUUGCACUUUCAAUUAGGGGAAUUACAGAAGAUCAAACAAUAUGUAGUGAUGGAGAAGAUGAUUCUCCUGCAUUACGUAGGAUUGAAGCAGAUUUAAAAACUCAAGAACCAGGUACUUCUGCUACUGAUAAACAAGUUGAUUUAUUUUCUGAAAUUCAUUUGAAUGAAUUGAAGAAAUUAGAAAAACAAUUAGAACUAGCAGAAUCUGAGAAAGCUCAUCUUACACAAAAUUUACGAGAAUCACAAUAUGCAGUUGAGAAAAGUCAGAAUGAAUUACAGUCUUUUGUUGCACGCAUAGUCCAAUUAGCAGCUCAUGUGCAAUCAUUACAUCAUCUUCAUUCGAAGUUACCUGAAAAACAAACUGAAGAAACAACAUUAGAUAAAUUGAAUCAAUCAAUUAUGCAGUAUCAUCAAUGGAGCACUAUGUCUGCACGUGAAGUGAAUCAACUUCAAAAGGAUCUAGCUGAAUUAGAAAAUGGUUUAACUAUAUCUGAUUCAACUCAACAAUUACGUACAGAAUUAACAAACCUAAGAAACAAGCUUUUAGAUACAGAGCAGAGAAGUAUACAACUCGAAUCCGACAUUGCUAUUCUUUCAAAACUUGCAGUGGAAGCUGGUGGUUUUCUUGAUUUUGCACAAAACGACUUGCAAAAUAUGUCCGACGAACUUGCUCAAUUGUAUCACCAUGUUUGUACUGUUAACGGAGAAAUUCCUUCACGGGUCAUCCUCGAUCAUGAAAAGAUUGUUCCCGAAAAGGAAGAAGAGAAUGGAAAAAUAGAAUGGUGUCGGACUUUAUUUAAGACCGAUAUUCAAAUUAAGGAUUUAGAAAGUCUGAGUAAAGCAAAAGAAGUCGUGAAACAUAUAGAAACUGCGAUGGAUCAAAUAAAACAUCUUCGAAGCGCUGUAGAGCAUACAAUUGAAUUAUCCAAAGUUAAAGGAAUGCAGUCAAAUGUCUGCAAUGUUUGUGAAGGAUCAGUGAAUGAGAACAAGGCAGAAGUAGCAGAUUUACAAGAACAAGUAAUUAGAUUGAAGGCCUUGUUAUCCGCUAAACGUGAACAAAUUGCGACUUUAAGGACGGUCCUGAAGUCGAACAAGAAUACUGCAGAAGUAGCAUUAACAAAUUUGAAGAGCAAAUAUGAAAAUGAAAAGAGUAUCGUUAACGAAACUAUGUUGAAAUUGAGGAAUGAGCUUAGAAUGUUAAAAGAAGAUGCUGCAACAUUUUCAAGUUUACGUGCGAUGUUUGCCGCACGUUGUGAAGAAUAUGUGACACAAGUUGACGAGUUACAACGUCAAUUGACUGUGGCGGAAGAUGAUAGGAAAACGUUGAAUUCAUUGCUACGACUAGCGGUACAACAGAAGCUUGUUUUGACUAUGAAAUUGGAGGAGUUGGAGGUCGAUCGAGAAUUACGAAAUACUCGAAGACACGCUACUAGUGCAAACGGACGAGGUAGAAUGCGAAUGUUGCAACAGACGAAUCGCCCUCAUUUAGGCAGAGAUUUCUUCUAGAAAAUAAUGAAGAUGUGGAGCAAAUUGUUCUGAGAAAAACGAAAAUUUUAAAUCUUCCAAUUUCGUUACUGCUCAACAUUGAAUUAUCUGUGUUAUUAUAAAAAA